AUGUCGGACGCCGAGGCUGAACGGAUAUCGUCGGAUGAGGGAGAAGAGAGCCUAGUUGAGGAAAAUGAAGAAGUCGAGGAGGAAAUUGAAGGUACCAAUCCUGCAUCAAACACUCGAUCGGCUUCUGAAAACGAUGGUGAUGAACCGGUAGCUACUCCACAAGGAAGUACAAGAAGUAUCGAUGAGGAAGAAAUCGAUUUGGAUUACAGUGAAGAGCCACCUAGAAUCGAGGAAAAUUCUAACGACGAGGAUGAGCCAGAAAAUGCCGAUCAAGAAGUCGAAGACGGUGAAGUGAGCGAAUCGGACGAUGGAGAAAUCAAGAGCGACGAUGAACCUAAAGUGAAAAAGCCAGCAAAACAGAAGCCACCUCGUUCCGAUCUAGAAGAUGGUGAGCUUGAAGAUGGAGAAAUCAGCGACUCUGAUGAUGACUCAAAUUUCAAAGCAAAGCACCCACGCAUCAGUGGACCAACGCAAAGCCCAUCUCGCGGUCGCGAUUUUUAUAAAAAGUAUCCAACUUCUGCCAAUCGCUAUCCUGGAGCACCGGGUGUUUCGGGCGCUUCCAGAGGACCUCUCCCGGCAAAGCCAGAAACUGCAUGGGAUCGAGGAAUGCGCGAAGCUCGAGAGCUGAUGAAGAGAGCUAGUGAGAAGAAAAAGGACCCGGAUUUUGCAGACAAACGAAUGCAUCUCGCUCCAUCCGACGAAAGAGAUUGGGCACAUGAUAGCGAUGAUGAGAGUGGUCAACGAAUUCCUUCUCUGCUUUCAAUGGACCUGCCUCCACCUCGAAGAGUCAAAAACAAUCGCUACAAGGACUACGAUUUGCCAGCAGAUGAUGAUACGACACGCAUUGAUCUUAUUUUACAAAGAGAAGAUGCACAACGUCGCAAAGAGGAAAAGGAGGGAAAAGAAAGGCAACUGCGCUCGCGCUCUUCACGCUCAAAUACAUGGGAGGAAUUUGAGCAUCCAGUGGCUAACAAUGAAUUGAAAUGCAAUGGCCUCGGCCCACAAUGUGUGUACCCGGCUGAUGGGAAAGGAAAGAAAAUUGUUACUGUUGCGAGAUAUGGUCAAAGACUCUCUUCAUCAAACCGUCGAUCACGUUCACCACCUCCUCGGCCCGAAGCAAUCUCUUCUGCCUCUUCGCGUUCUCCAUCACUCUCUCGUUCAGGAAGUCGCUCAUCUAGCAGACCAUUUGAAAGCCAUAGGUCCUCGGGAAAUGAUUUCCCUAGAGGCAAGCGAUCAUCCAUCAAUCAAAGAACUAGAAGUCGAACACGAAGUGGAUCGUCUAGCCACUCUGCACGAUCUCCACCAACCGGCGAUAUCGCUUCUUAUAGAAUUCCUAAGAGACGUCAGCAAAAUUCUGGUACUCGUUAUGCUCGUUCUUCAUCGGAGGAUCGCAGAUCGCCGUGGCGUGACGUUGGAUCACGAGGAAAUGGUGACGCUACGCGAGGACGGCGAUUCCCGCUAAAUCGACAAUCGGCUCGAGAUAAGACAGCUUCACCUAUUGAUUUGGCACCAACUGGAGCUGUAGCUAUUAGUGAUGAUGAGUCUGGUCAGUCAUCUUCGUCCCGUUCCUCGACGUCCUCUUCUUCUUCGUCAUCUCGAUCUUCUUCAUCUUCAAGCUCUUCAAAAUCCGGUGCAUCUGCCAAGUCAAAAAGCCCAGCUCUUCCCGCUAAAUAUCGCAACGCCAAUCCUGAACUGACGGAGACUCAAAAGUCAGAAGCAAGGGCUAAGCGAAUCUCACCACCAUCGGCCAAGAAGUCGCCACCUACAUCCUCAAUCAACCGGAGAAGGGGACGAAAUGCUCGAUCUCCAUCUCGCACACCACCUCCAUCAAGGGAUAGUCCUCCACCAGCGCCACCUCCAGAGAAGCGAAUGCGGCGUGAUUCAAAUCGUUCCUUUGAUAAGAAAAAGAAUAGAGAGCGUGGGUCUUCUGAACAAGAACGCCCAAAGACCAAGGAAGAGCUACUGGAGGAAUUGCGACGUGUCGAGGAACGUUUGAUGCGUAAACGACGUCAGGCUGCCAUG